AUGGAGUUUGCUGUAUUAUUCUUGAUUACAUCUAUAUACUGGAUUGUAGCUGCAGAAAAAAUAAAUACUCCCAAAUGCCUUGAAGAAUGUUACUCUAAUGAUAAAUAUAUGGAGAAAUAUUGUAAUAUUGCAUGUUCAGAACGGGCUAAUCCACAAUAUUUUUAUUGCAAUUUAGCUUGUGAACAUCAUAAAAACGAGGCUUCUGGAGUUGCACGAUCAAUAAUCGAUUAUAUCAUAGCACAUAUUGGAUAUGAAUACUGUAUUUUUGAUUGUAAUCAUGCAUUAUAUAAAACUGAAAGAUGUGAAUAUGAUUGUUUUGGUGUUUCUGCAAUAACCUCAAAAUGUUACAGAGUUUGUGAUGGCAAACAUACCAGCCUAGAGGCACUUUGUCUUCAUACUUGUGAAUGGAAAAAACGUAAAGCAUUAAUAAAAGGUUAUAAUGCAUGUACAAUGAGCUGCACUGAAGAGUAA